AUGUCAUCCAAGUCCCAUGCAAAAUCCUUCCCACGCCCAGCAGCGGGGUAUACCCAGUCGUUUUGGCGCACAAAACCAGACCCCCUCGACAACCAUCAAACUACACCAGAACUACCAAAAGAAACCGAUAUCUUAAUUAUUGGUGGCGGGUAUGUCGGAGCCUCGGCCGCUUAUCGCCUGCUUGCAGAGAACCCGCAAAAUCCAGCCCCGCGGGUGGUGUUAAUUGAGGCCCGGGAGCUGUGCUCUGGUGCCACCGGGCGCAAUGGUGGUCAUUUGAGACCAGAUAUCUAUUCAGCAACAGCUUUGUUCACCGAGCGCUAUGGGAUUGAAGCCGCGACAGAGAUCGUGCGGUUCGAAAUCUCCCACUUGAAGAUCAUGGAGGAGCUGGUCCGUAAAGAGAACAUUGAUUGUGAUCUCACUUUCACCCGCUCUUAUGAUAUGUAUCUCGAUGAGGAUCAGCUCAAGAAGGCCAAAGCCUUCUAUGACUUUUUGGUUGACCAGGGAUUGGACUUUAUGGAUGAUGUUGAAUACAUGUCUCAAGCUGAGACCCAAGAUACGGCACAUGUUCGAGACGCCAAGGGAGGCUUCAGUUUUCCAACAGGCCAUCUCUGGCCCUACAAACUCGUUGCCCAUCUCAUUAAGGUCGCCGUUUCCCACGGGCUAAACCUGCAGACGAAUACACCGGUAUCUGAAAUCGGGGAAACGCCAAACGCGGAUGGAUUCUGGCCGGUAACCACCAGUCGUGGGAUCAUCAACGCGCGCAAGAUCAUUCUCGCGACCAACGCAUUCACCAGCGCCUUGGCCCCGGAAUAUUCCAAAGCUAUCAUUCCCUGCAAGGGAAUCUGUAGCCAGAUCGUUGCGGCACCCGAUGCACCCCGCCAGGAGCUGCCUGGUACUUAUUGCAUCCGAUUCAGUCCAGGAGGGUAUAUUUAUCAAAUUCCCCGGAAUGACGGCUCACUCAUUGUCGGCGGAGCGUCACAUCUUUUCAAAGAUGAUCGGGAGGAAUGGUAUAAUAACCCCGAUGACGGGAAGUUGAUUAAGGUUGCUGCGGAUUAUCUUGAUGGCUAUAUGCAACGUACGUUCCUUGGGUGGGAGGAUAGUGAGGCGGAGAUCAAACAUGUCUGGGCUGGUGUCAUGGGAUACAGUGCAGACUCGUUGCCUCAUGUUGGUAGUAUUCCGGAUAAACCGGGUCAGUUUAUCGCGGCUGGAUUCAAUGGCCAUGGUAUGCCGGUGGCAUUCCUUUGUGGUAAGGCUGUUGCGGAUAUGGCACAGAGCUCAGUUGCAUUUGAGGAUACUGGUUUACCCAGAUUGUACGAGACCUCACUUGCUAGGCUGGAGCCAGUUUAUGAUGAUAUUUUAGGCUAG